GAUUGCGAUGAUGUUGCUACGGAGAUGGCUGUUUUCCCCACCGACCUAUGGAAUUCGGCGGGCCAGCUACAUCCAAGGACAAUCACCGGCACCGAAAGUGCGUGAAUAUUUUUACUACAUCGACCACGAGGGAAUGCUCUUCCUGGACGAUGCAAGGAUUAAAAAUUUCACCUCCUGCUUUAAGGAGAAACAAUUUCUGGAAUUCUUCUUCAAUCGUCUCAAACUGAACGAUACCGAUCGGUACGGGGACGAGUUUCCGUUCCUCUCCGUUUGCGGCCGUGAGCGCAACUACAUCCGGUGCGACGAUCUACCUAUUGUUUUCACGCACAUCGUACAAGGCGAAGGUGAACGACUGGCUUACGCACAUGCUAGCGAUAAGCUGAGCGUCCCGUGGCAACCGGAGCGGAUCUGCAUGUUUCCUGCCACCGGUCGCGUCUAUCACCCGGCCCCGGAACGUUACGGCUCGAUCGGAUUGGUGCGCUCGAAGUUGGCGAUAGAAUUGAGCAACUAUUUUACGUUCUGCAACGGCGAGGAUCAACCACCGACACACUUUCGGUGGAAAUCGCAGGACUACGAACUGGAUCAGCACUGGUGGAAGACAACGUAUGUUGGACGCAGAGGGUCACACGGGACCGCCGUAGGAAGCUAGUUAUCAUUUGUUGUGAAUGCAUCUGUUUUCCGUUUGGACUUCCGGUCGUAAAUCAAAACUGUCAUUGUGAUAAGAGCAUGUUAGAAGCCAUUUACAGUUUAUACAAAAAAUCGG